AUGCUCUGGGUCUCUGCAGACCCUGGCUGUGGGAAGUCCGUCUUGGCAAAGCACUUCGUAGACAACGAGCUCCCGACCACCGCAGACAGGACGACAUGCUACUUCUUUUUCAAAGACGACUUCGAAGACCAGCGCAGUGCAAAGGGUGCGCUUCGAUGCAUCCUCCACCAGCUCCUUUUAAGGAAGGAGAAACUCUUUUCUGAGCACGUACUCAAAGUCUUCGAGGCAAAUGGAGACCACCUACUUGGCUCCAUCAGUGAGCUUUGGGACCUUCUCGUAAAUAUUUCCCAAGACUCCAUGGCCGGCGAAAUCGUCUGCAUUCUCGACGCGUUCGACGAGUGUGAUGAACGAGAACGGGCCGAGCUUACAAGAAUGCUGUGCGAGUUCUACAGGAGGCAGAGCAAGGACUGCAAGCUGAAAUUAUGCCUAACCUGCCGGCCGUACGAUCAAAUUAGACGGGGUUUCGAAAGGAUCGACGUUGCCAAUUUUUCCAUCGUCCAUCUCAGUGGGGACAGCGAGGAAGAGGUGGAAAAGAUUGCCCAAGAGAUCCGCUUCGUCGUAGAGACUGAGACAAUUAGGCUCGGGAAAGCCAUGAAUCUCCGGCCGAAUGAGGAAGAUCUCAUCCGGCAACAGCUCCUUCACGUCCCAAACCGCACGUAUCUGUGGGUUUAUCUUACUCUUGACCUGCUCUGGAGAGAUCUUUAUAUCGAUAAGAACAGAAUCCUUGCAGCCACCUCGGAGCUUCCUCAGACCAUUAACGAGGCAUAUGACAGAAUACUGAGCAAGAGUAGCAACGAAGAACGUGCUAGGCGGCUGCUACAAAUAAUCGUGGUAGCAACGCGACCGUUGUCAUUGAAAGAGAUGGGUGUGGCUUUGAGCAUCCAAGACCACCACCAGUCUUACAAAGAUCUAGACUUGGAGCGGGAUGAUGUUGCCUCCAGUCGAUAUGUGAGGAACCUCUGUGGGCUUUUCGUCACAGUCAUUGACUCUAAAGUCUUUCUUCUCCAUCAAACAGCGAGGGAGUUCCUAAUACAGGGACACCAGCCGCCCCUCAAAGGUCCUAACACAUCGCUCAAAUGGAACGAAUCUGCAUUCGGCACUUACUUUUUUGCGAUUUUCGAGGCCCUGUGUCUCGGACAGGGGGCAUACUUUCUACUCAGUACAUGA